ACCAAAUUUACGGCGCACUUGUUUUCCCAGGGUAUAUAUACUUUUGGCUGACACCUGAGCACCUCCCUCCGCCUGCGUGAGUGGCGCAUGAUAUUUCAAUCCUAACAAACCUGUUAUUCAAAAAUCAUGUCCGAGGUGGUUCUCCGCUUUGCCUUCGCGCGGCUGGCGGCCCUACUGAGGUGCUGCCUGGGAAUGAAGAGUGCCCGCAACAACCGGUUCCAGCCCGGGAAUCUCAUUAUGUUUUGAUCCUCCCCAAGAUGUUCUUAUUUCGUUACAUCCUCGUUGCUUAUAUUGAGCUCAAAAUUGCAUUUAUAAUGUGUUUUUUUUUCUCAGUGAGUGCGUUUGAACUUUUAAUAUUUUUUACAAUGAAAAAAUAAACAAAUAUGAGGCUUAUUGUGAUUUGUAUUUUACGGUCAAUUUAUUGGAAUUGAUUUUAAUAUUUAUGCUACUUUUUUGAUGAUAAUAAACUCCAGAUAAAUGAGAAAGUGGCACGUCAAAUUAAUUCUGCAAUUCAGGCUUAUUUUAGGUGAAAACUUUAAUAUCUUUCCAGUUGAUCAUUGAUCUUCAUAUUCAUAGAGGGUGACAAAAAUCUUACUUUUGAGAGAAAAUUUUCAUAAAAAAAUAUGCUUUUUAUGUGUGAAUUAAAGCCAUAUUAUAUGAGCAGAUAAUACGCGCAGAACUAUUCACUAAAAUCAUAGUUAUAAUUUGAUGUGGCGACGGGGCGGUGCUUGUGUGGAAUUGGUUUUCGCAUUCCAAAAGUAGAUAACACACAAUAAGUUUAGUCAUUUUUCUCUCUCACCUUCGCCACGUUUGAUCUUUUCUAUUUCAAUUCCUGGCUGGCUCUGUUGCAUUGCAUAUACCGACAGGCUUCUUUCUGCUUCUGCUCCCCGGCCUACCUUUCUGUGAUAUGAAUUUUUUGCAAUUUCUGCAUUCCGGCCGCCUGGCAGGCGCCACAUAUUAAAGCCCAUGCAGCAGAGAGACAGAGAAAAGCACGCGCGGACACGAAUCGGACUGUGCAGACUGGUUUUGAACAAAUCGACAGAGCAAUCGAUCAUAGGAAGUCCAUCUCUCUGCUCUGAAUAAAAACACCGUGCGGAAAUCCGACUUGCAAGAACUCUACAAGUGAGGCUAGGUAAUUUUCAUAGAACUGAGAUGAUUAGCACGUUCUAUACAAACAGAUUCGUUAAUUUGGAGAUGGGAGACGAAAGCACGUGGCAUCGGACUGGUGACAGAUCUCAAGACGAACUUGCUUUGUACACCGAAAGCUACUUCUACGAUUGCUCGUUCCUGGUGGGCGAAAUAGAUAAAAAGUUGUUCAAAUGUCACAAAUUGAUUCUUGCGAAAGCGAGCAAAGUGUUUGCUGCGUUGCUGUUUGGAAAUUUUGAAGAAUCAUUCAAAGGGAAGGAUGAUCCCAUUCACAUUCUGGAUGUAUCACCCAACACAUUUGAUCUGGCCAUGAAAUUUGUUUACGGCAAAAAUGAAAAUUUUGCGGACAUUCACCAAGCAAUUGAUGUGUACAAAUUUGCUCACAAAUGGAUGAUGUGUGGUGUCAUGAAAGCUGCAGAAGAUGUGAUGGAAAAAUGUGGUCCAGAGGAGGCACUGCCAGUCUACGAGUGCUUCAAAAUGCUAAGCACCUCACAACUGGAAUUCCCAUUGGCCGUGAUGGAGGAACAAACUAAGGCAGUCAUUGGCUCCUUGUCUUGGCUGGAAGCUUCGAAGCAGACCGUCAUUGAUGUUCUUCAGUUGGACCACCUGAAUAUCAGUUCAGAGUUGGAGCUCUUCGAUGCCAUUGUUAAGUGGGGAAAAGCACAAGUUACAAAUAAUGAGCAAAUCAGACAUUUGAUAGACGAGCCAUUGAAAUUGAUUCGUUUCCGCAACUUGGAGCCUUCCCAGUUUGCUUCAUUGUGCGAGAAAAAUGCAGAUGUGCUGACAGAUGGUGAAAAACUUAAGAUUUUCAUGAGCAUUGAUACUGGCAGAGACCACCACUUGCCAGAUGGCUUCAGCAAAUUGUUGAUUUUUCGAAAUCUUGACUCGCAGCCCCUCAGAUCCAAUUUCGGCCAGCAGAGUAUAAUGUCUGAUGUUUCCUUGAACAGCAAAUCGAACUCGUCGGUGCUAAAAUUUCAGACGCCUUGCGAAGGCUUUGUGUUAACAGGCAUUCAGCUCCAAAGCCUUUCAGCCAUAAAUAUAGGGAAGAAACUGCAAAUCUCCUGCAGUGUGUCCAGUGCUUUGUCUCCCAACAGAAUUCUCGCCUAUGCAGACUUUGAUGGCAAGAUCAAGGCAAAUACGAAUGAUUUUCUCUCCUUCUCAGAGCAUGUCCUGAUUAAGAAAGAUAUCAGCUACAGUGUCGCAGUUAUCUACCUCCAGGAAGAAACUGUUGUGUCAAAGCAAUACAAGUACGGAUCGCAGCUUAUCUGGAACAACGAAUUCAUUGGAGUCUUUCCCAAGACUGAAAAUACUCACAACGAUAUUCAAGCCUUAGUGUUCUCAGCAAAAGCUUUAUAAAUUUUUUUAAUACAGAAAAUUUUAUGAAAUAGUGCAUUUCUGAUUUUUUUAAAUGCAAUAUUUAUAGCAUGUCUGUAACUAUUCCUAUUUACCAAAUUAUAUUUUAAUUGUGCAGUGUAGUGAUUCACUUAAUUUGAAUGAUAGGAAUUUUUGAAUAUAAAAUGUGAAUAUAUAAGUAUUAAAUUAACAUUUUUGCAAAGACAGAAACUACAAAAAUUAAUUAUGAAUUUUUACUGUCAGGUAUAGAGUUGAAAAACUAAGCUUAACAUUAUCUAAUAUUUCUCCUCUUUAUAAAUAAAAAUUGCAUAUACAUUUCCUACAAAUAUGUUGUAUUUAUUGAUAAUAGAGUAUUGGUUUGAAUGGUUUGUCUCAAUCAUCAAACAAAAUAAUUAAAAUUCUGAAAAAUGGUUAAGUUAAAGUAAUAACAAACACACUUGAGACACAAAAACCAAUUUUAAUUCGUAAAUGAAAGGAGCAGAAGCAGAUUUGAUUAAG